AUGACAAAUACUAGUGUGAAUUCUUCAUCUCAACCUACUGUUCCAAUUUUCAAAGGGGAAAAAUACCAUCUUUGGAGCAUCAAAAUGCAAACUUUGUUUAGAUCCCAAGAGUUGUGGGAUAUUGUUGAGGGCGGGUAUGACGAACCAGAAGAGCCACCGGAGGCACCCGACAAGAAGUUACGUGAGAAUCGAAAACUGGAUGCAAAAGCUUUGUUCCUCAUCCAAUCCGCAUUGGAUGAUGACAUUUUUCCUCGAAUUUCGGCAGUGUCGUCGUCCAAAAAAGCAUGGGACAUAUUGAAGAAGGAGUGUAGGGGCGAUAAUAAGGUAAUUUCUGUUAAGUUGCAAACUUUAUGUGGUAAUUUCGAGUCUCUUUCUAUGGAAAAGAAAGAAUCGGUGCAAGAGUAUUUGUCAAGGGUGUCUAGCAUAGUGAAUCAAAUGACGUCGUUUGGUGAAGUUAUUAGUGACUCCACCGUUGUGCGUAAAGUAUUAAGGAGUCUCACUAAUAAAUUUUCUCAUGUGGUUGCCGCAAUAGAGGAGUCCAAAGAUAUGUCCUCUUAUGGGUUUGAUGAGUUGAUGGGUUCCCUUUUAGCCCAUGAAGAUAGGAUUUCAAGGUCCUAUGAAAAAGAGGAAGAAAAGGAUUUUCAAGUGCAAGAAAAGUUCUUUAGUGAAGUGAAGUCAGAUGAAAAUGGUGGAGACCGUAGUCAUGGUAUAGGCGGUUUCCGUGGUCGUGGUUAUGCAAGAGGACGUGGUGGUCGAGGUGUAGAUCAACGUCAGUCAAAGAGUAGCAUUCAAUGCUACUAUUGCAAAAGGUAUGGCCGUAUGGGCAUGUUGAAGCUAAGUGUUGGGAUAAACAAAGAGAUGAGCAAGGUGAACAAAGCAACUUUGCUCAAAAGGUAG